AUACACUGCGCAACUAGCCCGUUACUAGUUCCUGUUCUUUGUUGACUUCUUUGUCCGAGGGGGGAAUGAGUACAAAACACACCGAGGAAGCCCGCAGGAACAGGGCAGGAAGAAAAGUGACAUGUCAGCGUAUUGCCAGAAUAUAAAGAAUUGCGGGCAUUUCCUAUUUUAACGACUUAUGAUGUGAUCAUAAUCAAGACAGCAAUGCUAAAUGGCGAUCGUCGAAUUGUCCUUAGUAUCUGUUCUUAUUUUUCUUGGCCUUGCAACAUUGUCGACGGGAAAGCAUGCGUUUAAACAAGAUAAACUCCCCGCACUGAGACGUUUGCCGUCAACUCUUUGUCAUCUCCGUUGUGCUAAGGAUUCAAACAAGGCCAUUUCUGAACAAGAGUGUAUUCGAAGCUGCCAGGGAAAAUUGACAUUGUCAUUAGAACAAAGCAAAAGUCAUGACUUCAGCAAAAGAACGAUAAAAAGGCAUUUCAUCAGACGUCAGCGAAGUGUUAAUAAUGUGAAUGCAUUGGAUGAAUGUCAGUCCUCAGCCCAAGCUUCUCAUCAUAAGGCAAAGAAUCUGUUGGUAAAUUUGACAGGAGAAAAAUGGCUAUAUAUUAAAUGGGAUGCCAUAGACCCUUCAAAAACAGAUUUCAAUUGGACAAGCUAUGCAUUAAUCUACGAUAGCAUUCACGGAUCAAACUGUAUAGUUGUUCCAAAGAACCAAACAGAUUAUCUGCUGAAGCAAGUUGGUGACCAGAAACUCCCAUAUUCCUUCCAUGUUGUGGUUGUUGUAAAUCCCUAUGGUAAUGGUGAAAUCAAACUUCAAAGGUUUCCUAUAGGUACUCCAAAAACUUUCAUCAUUCCAACUGUUCCUACUAAAGACACUGCAAGAUUCGUAGGUUCCAUUGUGGGAGGGUUGAUAGCUGGAGUGGUACUGCUGGUGAUUUUGUAUUGUGCAGUUAAAUGGAGAAGGAAAACUCUGUGUCCAGGUAAGCUGUACAUGUAAAUAUUAAGUUGAAAAGUAAUGAAGAUUUAACACCAUUAAUUAAUUUAAAGCCAUGGACAUUAUUUUGUGGCACAGUAAGUUAAACACAGAACAAGCCAAUACAUCAAGGCUGAGGUGUUCAGCCUGCCAAUCAUAAAUCCCAACAGGCGUCCAGUGGGCAAAUUUGAUUGGUUAACUGACUCAAGUGUCAUUUUGGUGAGCUAUAGCUUCCUACAAAAUUGGCGAGCUUUACAAACCAUGAGCAUAACAGAAAGUUUAAUGAGUUCUUCUCCUGCAUUAGGAAUCCCGAGAAAUUUGGUAAAAGCGUUUAGAAAUUGUUUUUCAAGGUUGCCAUGUAGGAAUCCGAUAUAUCAGAGAUUUCGUUAAUUUUGUUUGUAAACAGUCUUUGAUACAUGUAGCUGACAUAUCGCAUUUCACGAGUGCAAUGUAAGUGUGUUUAAGUUGCACACUUCAAUAAUUAAUGUUUGCCUGAACUAUAAAUUAAGGGAAGAGUAGAUUAAAAAAACUGUGAUGGCUCGCUCGGAGGGAGUGCAAGCACACCAGUAAAUAAUUGUCAGUUUUAUAUGUGAGAUAGUAUGCAUGAACUGUUUUGGAACUUGUUCAUUUAGUUUUUAAUACAUUUUUUUAAUUACCUAAUUAUUUAUCCAUUUAUUUAUUUAUUUGUUUGUUUGU